AUGGCGAGUGCUACAGGUGUCCCAGAGCGAUUCCCUCCAAUCGAAGAUUUGUCAGCCAGAGAGACCGAGCCCCUCCUCGGUCGACCCGGCGAUGCUGCGCAAGAAGAUGGGGUUCCCUUGAUCAAGAAUCUCGUUCUCGGUACUGGGAUAGUAGCUCAGCUAGGCGUGGUCCUACUCACUAUUCUGAUCUGGGCAAGCGUCCUCUCUAAGCCUUUGAUCCUCUUCUCAGCUCACCCACUCCUUCAAUCUCUCGCGGUUCUCACCCUGGCUCAGUCUGUUCUGAGUCUGCAGCCGACUCAUACGGCAGAACAGAAGCGUGUCGGCCAGCGCGUACAUGCCAGUCUCAACCUCGCGGCCUUUUUGAUUCUUGUUGCUGGCGUGACCAUCAUCGAGUACAACAAGAUUGCAAACAACGGUCCUCACUUUCACUCUGUCCAUGGUUAUCUCGGUGUCAUCACUUCUAUCGUUCUUCUCUUCCAGUACGGCGUUGGUUUCACCAUGUGGGCUACGCCAGCCCUGUAUGGCGGCGUGGACAACGCCAAGGCUGUCUGGAAGUAUCAUCGCUGGAGCGGAUAUAUCAUCUUUGUUCUGCUCUUGGCUACCGUAGUUAGUGCUGUCGAGACGGACUACAACUACAAUGUGCUCAAGAUCAAGCUGUGGGCCGUGCUCUUGCUGGCUAUUUUCACUUUGGUGGGUGUUGUGCCUCGGAUUCAGAAGCAAAAGCUUGGCUUCCCAGGUCCUGGCUCUACUUGA